AUGUCUGUGUUGGAAUUUAGUUGGUUGGAUGUGGCGGUUUUGUUCUUCACUAUUUAUAUAAUUUACCAUUUCUUUCUGAAAAAAACUACCCAGAAGGAAUGCGAGCAGAAAGAGAAGACAAAGUCUCUUCCUCCCAUGCAUAAAAAGGACUUCACUGUGCAAGAGUUGCUAUCUUUCAACGGUGUGGAUAGUGAACGGAUUCUCAUAGCUCUUUGUGGAAAAGUGUUUGAUGUCACCAGCAGUUAUUUUUUCUACGGUCCUGAAGGUGCAUACAGCAAACUGGCUGGUCAUGAUGCUACUCGAGCAUUAUGCACGAUGAAUAUGGAAUUAGUGAAAGAUAUUCCAGAUGAUAUAAGUGACAUCCCUGAUUUGGAUUUACAUGUAGCAAAAGAGUGGUACCAGUCAUUUAUUUGUAAGUUAUCUGCUGAUCAUAUAAAGGAAAGUGAACUGGCAUCUUUAUAUUUUGCAAAAUAA